GCAACAAAAAAUCCACCGUCACCGUUAAGUAACAGCGGCCAGUUUCCACGGUUCUAUCCAGGGCAGGCAUUUACUCCGUCAAGCCAUCUCUCUCUCUCUCUCUCUCUCUCUGGAGAAAGGUAGACGGUGCUGUUCUGCUUCUCUUCUCGCUCGUUCAUCUUUGUUCACACGGAAGACGGAGAAGAAUUUCGUGUGUGUGAAAGUGAAAAUAUGAUCGAUUUGUUCGUUGAUGAAGACGACGAUACUAUUGUCCUGUUUCUUCUUCUUAUUGAUUCAUUCGAGCUUGUUCCUCAAGAAACCCAGAAAAAAUUGGCAUGUUUAUCCCUUUUUCCGGGUGAAGGUUGUAGACGGGAUAAUCGCAUCUCGUGCGGUGAUUGAUCAUAAGCCAGGAUUAGGGUAGCUUCCUGCUUUCCCGUGGAAUUUCACCGAUAGGGUUUGAUCCAGUUUCUGAUUAUCUUGCUUGUGGGGGUUGACGCCUCAACGAUGGAGAAUCAUCAUCCGUCGACUCUGUUGUCCAUGGAUUCGAGUGCAUCUUCACACGAGGAACUCGAUUUGGAGAUGAAUAAUCGUCAAUCCGUGCUUUCGGGCCCUCCCGAUAUCAAUUUACCACUCUCUGCUGAGCGAAGUCCUCCUCCACAGCCAUGGAACCCGGAUUCUUGUGACAUUUUGGAUGUAGGGUUAGGUUCUCAAGCUUACGAGGCCGAGAAUUAUCUGAGCGUUGUGCCUAGGGUUGGCCGGAAAUGUGCGAAACGGGUGGAUAGCAUAUGGGGUGCCUGGUUUUUCUUCAGUUUCUACUUCAAACCUUCCUUGAACGAGAAAUCAAAGGCGAAAAUCGUCAGGGACAACAAUGGAGUUUCUGGUUUCGACAAGUCGGAUCUCAAGCUUGAUGUGUUCCUUGUCCAGCAUGAUAUGGAGAACAUGUACAUGUGGGUUUUCAAGGACAGACCCGAGAAUGCCCUCGGGAAGAUGCAACUCAGGAGCUACAUGAACGGGCAUUCUCGCCAGGGGGAACGUCCGUUUCCAUUCAGCGUCGAAAAGGGAUUUGUAAGAUCUCAUAGGAUGCAGAGAAAGCAUUACAGAGGAUUGUCUAAUCCACAGUGUGUUCAUGGGAUCGAGCUUGUUCCUUCGCCAAACCUCACAUGUCUCGACGAGGAAGAGAAGAAGAGGUGGACGGAGCUAACGGGUCGGGAUCUGAAUUUCUCUAUUCCACCCGAAGCUAGCGACUUCAGUUCGUGGAGAAACCUCCCGAAUACAGACUUUGAGCUCGAGAGGCAUCCUCCUUCUCUGAAGAAUCCUUCUACAAGCCACUCAAAGAAAUCUCUUAAUGGGUCGGGGCUCAAUCUCUCGACUCAGCCAUCAAACCAUACAAACGGAGAAGUAAACGAUCUAUCUCCCGUCGGCCACAAAAGGAGAAAGGACUUGUUCUCUAAUGGCACCAAUCAUGAAGAUGACUACUGCUUAACAGUGAACCCUCCAUCCGAUACUGAAGCUCACCUGAACGAGAUGCCAAGUUGGUCAAACGAGUUUAGCGGGGCCAUGAAAAACGUGUACGGACCAGUUACUGCCGCGAAAACGAUCUACGAAGACGAAGAAGGGUAUUUGAUCAUUAUAAGCCUAGCCUUUGUGGAUCUAAACAGCGUUAAGGUCUCAUGGAGGAACACACUAACUCACGGUAUAAUCAAAGUCUCUUGUGUCAGCACUUCGCGAAUGCCUUUCAUCAAGAGACGAGACAGAACAUUCAAGCUGACAGAUCCGGCUUCCGAGCAUUGCCCGCCCGGGGAAUUCGUCAGAGAAAUCCCGUUAUUGACCCGAAUCCCGGAAGAUGCAAACAUCGAAGCGUAUUACGAUGGGCCGGGAUCGGUUCUCGAGAUUCUGGUGCCGAAACUGAGUGCUGGGCCUGAAGAACACGAGGUAUUAGUGUGUCUCCGGCCUCACCUCAGUGGAAACGAUCUUAUGUUGACGUGAAAAGGGAAGAGGAAUGGAUAAAGGGUUUCUUCUGGUUGCUAGAAUGGUUUUAGGGUUAUGAUUCUCUCUGAUUGUUGUUUGUGUUUUUUUUAACAGAGAUAGAUAAUCAUUUUCAUGUGAUUUUUGUUGCCUUGUGAUGUAAGUUAACGAAUAGGAAUGCUCUAUUUUUGCUCGUCU